AAAGAAAUAAUCUGUAUGUAUGUGGUAAAAAAGCUUAAUUUUAUUUGAUUGCAACCUAAUAUUUGAUUCAAACAUAAUCUUUCACUGUACUGCAACACUUUUAGCAUACGGAUGCCCGCAUAGAGACAUUGCAGCAAAAUCCAAACUCGCACGUCUCUGCCUUCAAAUGUGUCGGCUCCACGUAACGUCGGUGGGCCCGAAUUCCAUCUUCGGAUAUGAGCCGUCCGAUCAUAUGCAUAUGUGCCAUGAAAAUAAUUGAAUUGGAUCUAAUCCCCCUUCUGCGUGAUCCCCUGUAUUGAGAUAAGCAGGGUACAGACAUUUGAACCCAGUAUUUGGACGUCGUGCAACUCGAUUCUGACGUGAGGUGUGGAGAGUGGCGGUAACGGAGGUGUUUCCUGUGUCGUACGAGACAGAGAGUUGACCUCCACCCGGUUUAUUUUCUUGCUUCAGAAACCUUUUGCUAUAUCUCUUCUCGGCUUAACCAUCGUUUUUGCUCUGUGUUGGUCGUUUGUGGAGUUGGGCGACCCUCGACACCCUUCGCUUGGACUGGGCGAAGGUUUUGUGGAGAUUCACCCAAAGGGAGGCGGAUUUCCCAGUGGCAGUCGUGUCUUCCGAUAACUCGUACCUCCUGAUCGAGCCGAUUCGCUCGCUUCCUCGACGUUCUCAGUGGAUUUUCUUUCGAUCCGGGCGUGUUUCCCGUCCCUAAUGGGUAAAAACCAGGCUUACAAGGCGAUGCAGAGGGCGAGGCUGGGGUCGUCUUCCGCAGGGCCGGAGGAGGUCGAAGACGGAAUGACGGAUGGUUCAUUUCAUACACCAGAGUGGCAUGCUGCUCGUUUGGCCAACCUAAAAACGUCUCACACCAUAACAUGGGAAGAAUUUAAGAGGAAACAGAAGGAAGAUGAACUCAAAAGAGAUGAGCUUGAGGCUGAUAAGGAUAGGAUGAUGAGAGAAUACAGAGCUCAGCUAGACGCUGAAAGGGCCAGGAAGCUGUCCCUUGGAAAAAGCCACUCUGCUAGCAAGUCACAUCGCAAAAAAGGAAUAUCAUCAUUGCCUUGUCAUCAUGAUUCAGACAGGAAGGAUAAAGAUUCAAAGAAACGAAGUUGCAGGAAGAGGAAGCACAAAAGGUCCUCCGAGUCAAGUUCCUCCGGUUCAUCAUCUGAAUCGUCAAGCAGUGAUGAUGAUUAUGACGACAGUGAAAGGGAACCAAACAGAUCAAGAUCGAAGAGAUCAAAGAAGAAAAGGAAGCAUAGGUCAAGGGUCAAGCACUCUAGCAGUGACCACGAGGAGAAUGGUGGACCAGUCCGACUCUCGAAGUUCUUCGGCAGUGUGAAGAGAUAGAAAGACAACGUAUAUCUAUUUUGGGUCAUCACUUUGCUGUAAGGAUGGCUUCAUUUUCUUUGAAAUUUGUUGGCCUACUCUUGUAUUACUAACUUGCAAUACUGUGUUCUCAUAUUGGAUGCUACCUGAGGAAAAAUCUAUGUAUGACUCUGCAUGUAACAAACACCUAUGCCAUUGCUUUACGAUUGGAAGUCCUUGAGAAGUUGCUUGUGAUGGUAA